AUGGCCACUACGAUCGGUGCUGAACAAACCGAAAAGGCUUUCCAAAAGCAACCUAUCUUUCAAAACUCCAAGAUCAAAUCCACCGGAAAGAAGACUGCUGGUAAAGAAAGAAGGUGGUACAAGAAUGUCGGAUUGGGAUUCAAGACCCCAACCGAGGCUAUCAACGGAACUUACAUUGACAAGAAAUGUCCUUUCACUGGUGAAGUUUCCAUCCGUGGUCGUAUCUUGACCGGACGAGUUGUGUCCACUAAGAUGACCCGAACAAUCAUCAUCCGAAGGGAGUACCUCCACUUCGUACCUAAAUACUCAAGAUACGAGAAGAGGCAUCAAAACAUGGCCGUUCACUGCUCUCCUGCUUUCCGUGUAGAGAUCGGUGACCAGGUGACUGUUGGUCAAUGUCGGCCACUAUCCAAGACUGUUCGAUUCAACGUCCUCCGUGUCUCAAAAUCAAAGUCUUCAGCUAAGGCUAAGCAGUUUGGCAAAUUUUAA